AUGGCUCGCCUUUCACUCGUUUUGCUGUCGCUGCCCGUGGGCAUGAUGGCCAAGAAUCUCCCUCGCCAGGCUGACUGCGAGGAGAUCAAGCAGCUCGCCGCUCGCACCAUCGUGACGGUGGCGCCGGUCCAGACCGUCGCGUUCCCUCAGGGCUACAACGGCCCCAACAUGGGCGCUCCUGGCGGCCCGGGAGGAGCGGGUGGCUAUCCCGGCGGCGCUGGUGGUGCUGGCGGCAAUGGUGCCUUCCCCGGGGGCGACGGUGGAGCAGGUGGAGCGGGUGCUCCAGGAACUUCCAGUAUCCAGGGUGGCGAAGGCGGUGCCGGCGGUGCUGGCGCCCCAGGAAACAUCAACGGCCCUGGCGGUGCGGGAGGCCCGGGUGGACCAGGUGGCGCCGACGGCGGUGCAGGCCCAGGUAUGGGCGGACCUGGCGGCCCAGGCGGUCCGGGUGGCCCCGGUGAUAUGAGCGGCCCCGGCCCAUGGGGUCCUCCGGGCGGUUCCGGCGGCAUGUGGGGCGCCGGCCCUCCGUACCAGUGGGUGCACCCGAUCACGGUCGACUGCUACGGCGUCAAGGGGCUCGAGUACAAGACCUACCUCGUCACCGAGCUGUGCGCCGCCUGGCCCUGCGCCGCCUCGACCGAGUGCCCGCCUGGCUUCACCACCUCGACGGCGACCUGCACCGCCGGCUGCGGGCCCACGCCCAUCACCGCCGUCGUCACCGUGCCCUGCGAGGGUACCCCGGCCGUCCAGAUCCAGACCUACCAGCGCGUCUACGACUACUUCUGCGAGACGGGCGUCGGCCCGACCACCUACGUCAUCACGCAGACCUGCCCGCCCGCGGGGCCGUGCCCGACGGUGCCGCCUCCGUCCAUCGUCCCGCCCAACUUUGUCGUCACCCAGACGGCCUGCAACGUGGGCUGCGGCCCGGCACCGAUCACCACCUCGCUGACCGUGCCCAUCACCCCUGUCCCCGUCGGCACGGGCGCCGUCGUCUGCCCCGGUCCGUACUGCACCUGCCCGGGUCCCAACUGCGUCAACCUCUGCCCCGGUCCCAGCUGCUCCCCGCAGCCGACGUACGUCAUCGCCGGCGCGCCCAAGGCACUGCCCUCAGCCGGCGCGUUUGUCCUCAUCGCCGCGGGUCUGCUGCUGCCUCUUGCGGCUCGCCUGUUUUAA